AUGCAGUGGGCUUUUGCACUCCUUCUAGCUGCUGUUGCAACUGUUGAUGUCGUCGCACAGACAACAGGUCAACAAGUGGAAAUCCUUAUCGGUGCCGGGUGCAAGUUUUCCAACUACUCAACACUGCCAAUAGCGAUUGGAAAAGAACCUUCUUAUCUCCUCAAGCUCGAUCCUGGGCUCGGGAAGGGCAUCUACCUACUGCAUUUCACGCAAUUCAAUCUACCAGAAACCGACGUACUGGUAUUGAGAGCGUCUAAUGAUCCGAUUACGACACCACCGGUGGCAAUACUAGCGGGGAAGAACGCAACGGGAACGUUUUACUCUACUGCGAUAUCGGGAGAUGGAGUGAAGCUGGAGCUUUUCAAGUCAUCAGUUCCGGACACGACCAAUUCGACUUCGUGUCGAGGCUUUGCCGUUGAUGGCCUGCUCUUUUCUCCGAAAGAGCUGGUAGAUGAGGCUCAGCAUCGGCAAGUAGCUGUCAAAGUGCCUUUGACCAACCGUGCCAACAUGACAGACACCGACGACGACGACGACAGCGUAAAUAAGGAAAGUGUCUGUGGCGCAGACGAAUCUGUCGAAGCUGCUUGUGCGCCCAGUGCUACGAACAGUGCGGAAGGAGCAGUCAUGUUGGCCAAGUCGCACUCCGUGGCUCGACUUUCAAUCAUCAAAGAGAAUGGCAUGUUAAUUGCAUACUGCACCGGCUGGCUGCUUGGUUGCGACGGCCACUUGAUCACGAACCAGCACUGUAUCGGCAGUACAGAAGACGCGAUCAAUACAAAGGUGGAGUUUUUCGCUCAAGCAACCAGUUGUGGAGAUAGCGAGGAUUGUGAUACUCGGGGUGGAUGUCCAGGGUCAGUUGGCGUGACGUCUACAACACUUGUAGCUGUGUCAGAAGCGUUAGACUAUGCGGUGGUUCGACUUGAUAUCAACAAUAGUGUUGCAGAUUAUGCUGGCUUGUAUGAGAAGACGGGUGGCUAUCUGCAGCUCCGUGGCUCAGGAGCUGUCCUUGAAGAAAACAUCUACAUCCCGCAACAUCCGUUGGGGUAUGGCAAACGCAUCGCGUGGCUACAUAAUGGUCAACCUGGUCGUGUCGAGUCUCUCACCGUCACGGGAUGUCGUAAAAACGACGUGGGUUACUACGUGGACACGCAAGAAGGGUCGUCAGGGUCGCCGAUUCUUGCCACGAGAGACAAUAAGGUCAUUGCGAUGCAUCACUGCGGCGAUUGCUUAAAUGGAGCUAUUCCAUCGCAAGCGAUUAUUGAGGAUCUCACCGCCAAAGGCGUUCUGCCGAAAUGCUCCGUCGCAGAAGAGAACAGUACAACUACAAGUGCUUAA